GCUUUUAAGAACACAGGCUCGACGAGCACAACAACCUCUAUCUCCGGCCUCUGUGGUUGCCCAGAACAUUUGGUUUAGCCCAUUGUUUUGUCCCAAAGUGUUUGACUUCCAACCGGCAAAUGAAGUUUUACGCCACCAUCAUGACCCUUCUCGCUGCGAUCAGCACAACCUUCGCCGCACCCGCAUGGGGGGAUUUCGAGGGUGCUGCUAAGGAUGCCGCUCUGUCCAAGCGCGCCGGGCCAUACGGGAAGGGAGACUGCUACGGUAACGGCCAAGAGGGCAAGCAGGAAGAUGGGAAGCACGCCAUACGAGAUUUGUAUAAGCAGCAUGGUAAUGGACAGAUCCCUUCAGAGAGACACUAUCUCAAUGAAGAGAAGAGUGCAUCAUCUCCCUCCACACUAGGCUAUCUCUCGGCGAUUGCUGGGGCAACAACCAAGACACUCGGAAUGUUGCAGCCCUCAGGUUUCCAGAGAGAAUCCAAGGGACUCACUCUCCGAUGCUUAGCGGCGGUAAGGGUAUCGUCAGGAAGUUCUACGUGUCCGUUGACCCGGAAACGAAGCACUGAAGGCCUUGUAUUCCGAUCGUUCGGGAAUGGGACGGAUGCGGCGACCAGGCGAAUGAACUUUGGCUUGAGGGCUGUGUAGCGCAAAGUGAAGGAUGAGGACCAUGCAGACUUAGA